AUGGUUGAAGCCUCGAGCAGUGAAGAUGAAGAUCUAGAACAUUUUAAGGAAGCAGCUUGGAGUUCUGGCACAUGUGGAACUAAUGGUACACACAAUGCCAACACGGCAGGUAAAUUCAGCCAAACUUUAGUGUACCUUUACUUUAGCUAAGAACCAGGAUGUAGUUAGCUAACGCUAACAGUUAGUCAUAACAACAAAUGUGGGGUGGGAGAUGGAUAUCUAAGUGUGUGAAAUCUUGAGCCAACGAGCAAAUCUAUUUUACCCCAAAAACGGCAGCAAAGUCCUAACAGUAACUACUGCUGUUUUAGAUGGGGAAUAGCAAUGUCAAGCAAUCCCGUCGGUAAGUUUUCAUUUACUCUGAAAUCCUGCUAUCCCCUCUCUAUUUUUGACUCAUCAUGAAUAGAAGUUUUGCAUCAAGUUUGGCUUUACCAGCUACACUUUUACUGUUUUAUGUUAUGCCAUGGUCAACAGUGUGGCUGAAUCUAAACAUGAACAUGAUGGGAACGAUCUUCAGACGACCCCGGAGUUCCGUGCGCACGUUGCAAAGAAAUUAGGGGCUAUGCUUGAAAGGUAUUUAUUAUUUAUCAUGUGAAAAUGUUAAUAAACAUCAAUUUUACUAUUUUAGCUAGUUACAUCAAACUGUUAUAGCCUUUGCCUCAUGUUACCGCCACCUGUCUACUUUUCAGUAGCCUACUUUAAUCUAACUAUGCAAUUUGAUGUUCAGUUGUAUUUCAGUGAUAUCUGCAGAAACAUCAAGACCCUGCACAGAGUCAACCAAAUGUGAAGAUGAAGGUGAGGGUGUAUCCAGAAAUGGGUUUGCAUUGAAACUGAUACAGUAGUUACAAAAUGUAUGAUGUGUUGUCAGAUAUGAUGUAAUGUAGAUGCUGGAUGUGGUCUUGAUCUUAUUUCUUGGUUUUAAAGGGUUCCGGCUGUUCACCACAUCCGUCCCAGGAGAGUUUACCAUUGAUCCCCCUCCUUCUCCUGUAAGGCGUUGGCCCAUCCCCAGCUCAAGGUGAUGCUUGUUCUAUGUAGGGCUGGCCUUUUAACCUUUGGGAUGUGUGAGGUGGUUUGAUGUCACCUUCAUUCCUACUUUGGGAAGGAAUCCUUAUACAGUAGCAUUGCAUACUGUAAUAAAUGUUUGUUUCUGCAAUGUUCUUCUAGUGACAGUGACAGUGAGAUGGAGAUGAGACUGAGAGAGGCGGCAGUGUCAGUCACAGACCUCCUAUCAUCGGCUCUCCCCAGCGCGGUUACACCUUCCCUGCCGGAGUCCCCCAGCUCAGAGAAAAUUAAGAAGAAGAAGAACAACGAAGGAGAGGAGGUAGAAAGAGAGGACCGUAAUAACAGCCCUGUCCCAAAGACAAAUAAGAAAAGGAAAGCUCUCCAGGGGGAGUGUGGAAGAGGGAGAGAACUGUGGAGAAUCCUCACCUAA